CGCGACAGCAGCUUGCGCCUCCCAGUACUCUUACCGUUUAACUUUGCCGCCGUGCUCUGCAGCAAUUCGACGCGUCCGCGCAUAUUCACCAAGCUUCUAUAUCACCUGACCCAAUUCGCAACCCAUCGGUCAUACGGUUACCUCAGUGACAUAUAGAAGCCUUGCGCCGCCUCGAAUCCGCCACCCACCGCGCACUCGCAACUCCACAACCGCACACCACAGCUACACACAAACACCAUGUCUGAUAACGGUUCGCCAGCCCAGAAGCCAGAGGAUGCCGGUCCCUCUGAGCACUUGAACAUCAAGGUCACCGACAACAACAACGAGGUCUUCUUCAAGAUCAAACGCACUACCCAGCUUGGCAAGCUCAUGAAUGCCUUCUGCGAUCGUCAGGGCAAGAACAUUUCCAGCGUGCGAUUUCUCUUCGAGGGUACUCGUGUUGGGCCCACCGACAACCCAGACAUUCUUGACAUGCAGGACGGCGACACACUCGAGGUCCACCAGGAGCAGAUCGGCGGUAGCUGGUAGUCUUAGACGGCCACCGCAAGUCAGCCUGCCGCUCAGCACCGCAGACGCAGCCAAUAACUC